CCUUUGGUUGAUCCUUUGUUUCAUCCUAGGGGCAGCUGUGGCUCAAGGGGCGGCUGUGGCUCAGAGGGUAGAGCACUAGAAAUGGGUCUGGACCAGAAUCACGGUGGGGAGUAUGCUGCGUUUGAGGUCCUGAUUGAGGAGUUCAUAAAAGCCCUCAGAGACUGCGGGAUCGAGCCGCACGUGGUGCUGGAUGGAGGCUCGGACCACACCGACAAGAAGCUCCAGACCGUGACGCUACGAGCCGUAAGUUUUAUCGAGAAGGCCCAUAAAGCGGCGGAGGGCAACAGCCAGGAGGGCAUCCUGCCACAGCUGGUCAAGCUGGUGUUCAAACAGACGCUGGCCCGGCUGGAGGUACCGGUGGCUCAGUGCUACUGGGAGGCUGACCAGGAGAUUGCUGCCCUGGCCAAGGUGUGGCGGUGCCCGGUGCUUUCCAAUGACAGCGACUUCUACAUCUUCGACCUCCCGGCGGGGCUGCUGCCUAUCUCGGACUUCCAGUGGGAGGCGGUGAAGCAGAGCGGCUCGCAGAGCUACAUCCCCUGUAAGAGAUACAACACCUCCAGGUUCUGCAACUUCUUCAGCAUCCAGCGCCAGCUCCUGCCCGCCUUCGCUGCCUUGGCCGGGAAUGACUACGUGAAUCUGCAGAACAAGUCGCGCAUCAACUGGGCUCAGUUUGCCCCGGAAAGAGUUGGGUCAAAAGACCGGCUGAAGGGGCUGCUCUGCUGGCUGAAGGCCUUCCAGCAGCCUCAGGAGGCCUUGAAGGCGGCGCUGCGGCUGAUGGGAGAUCUGAGCAGGAAGACAAAGGAGGAGGUACUGAAGGGCCUGAAUCUGGGAAUGAAGGAGUACCAGCUCCCUCCCAGCUCCCUGAAGAGGUUCUUCAUCCACGGGACGGCACCUCCUCUCCCAGCAGUGGAACAAAAGGUGACGGAUCUGGUUCCAGACUGGAUCCGGCUGCCGCUGACCCAGGCCCGGCUGACUGCAGGCAUCCUUGACGUGCUGCUGCUGCGGAGGAUGACCCUCAGCUACAUCGUGGAUCACGCCGACAUGCCCAGCGCUCACCUGACCUCCAGGCCGCUCCGCCAGGUGAUGUACGGGUUGAUGCUGGGCGACGGGCCGGAGGUGGAGGAGCGAGACAGAGACGGCCUCGAGCUGAGGUUCAUCCCAGUCCGACCUGCAAUCACCGACGCCACUCAGCAGCUGACACUCAGCUCACUGGAUCAGGCUGAGCCCUCCCAGCGUCUACUGGUCUUACUGGGAGCUCUGGGAGUGACCGAGGAUACUCUGAGGUGCCUGCCGUCUCAGCUGCGCCUCCCGGUGGCCGCCACCUGCUACUGGCUGCAGAGAGCUCAGCCUCCUCCGGACCAGGAGGUGGUGAAGGCUCUGCUGCUGGGACUGAGUACUGGAGACGUCCUGAGACACAUAGCAGCUCUGCAGAUUCAGCGCCACAGACAGAAGCUGGACGCCGUCGUGAAUCAUGCCUUAAACCAAUGGCAGUCCUGCCUGAAGGUCAGCGUCCAGCUGAAUCAGCUGCUGGGGCUCCCCCUACCUGAACCAUACAUCGCCAGGUUGUAUGAGGGGACACUGGUCCACCAGCUGAUCCUCAUGAUGAGGUCUGGAGGAAAGCUACGCUCAGGUGUGAAACAGUACCAAACCAUGCAGGCUGUCGUCCACCAGUUUCACACUCGGGAGGCGCCGGCACCGUCAGAGACCCAGGAGGGAGCGGCGGCUCCACAGCGCAACCCUUUGGACGACCUGACCGCCACCCUGCAGCUCUUCCUCCCGGACGAAGAUGAGGACUUGGAGGCGAGCAGCUCGGUCAGAGUCGAGGAGGACCUGCACCUGAACCACCUGGUGUAGUUGAAAUCUCGGUACCGAGCUAAAAAGAGAAAGAACCGGUGCAAGAACCCAGAACUGGCCCGUAAACAGGAGUGCCGGGGCUGGGACCUCCUCUGAUCCAUCCGACUUUUAUUCAUCAUUCAGUCUCUGACUGCUGAAUGUUUCAAUCUUUUGUAAAACUUUUAAAUUCUUAAGCUCUCUGAGUUUUUCUUCACUUCUCUGCUACUCAGGGACGAAUGUUUCUCAUCUAGGCUUCAGGAGUGAAAAUGUGUCAAUUUCUUCAUAUUUUUCCGUAUUUAUCUGAUAUUAUUAUUUUUAUUUGAACUCAAUGAGAUAAGAAAGUAGGAAUACAAAUAAAGAAAUGUUAAAUCUGUGGUUUUAUGGUGUAAAAUUAUAUUUCUUGUCUGACACGUGAAUAAAGUUUAUAUUUGUAUAUUGUAUGUACACACAGUGAAAAUAUGAAAAGAAAGAAAGUGAGCUCCUUUAAAAGAUUUAUAAAAUUUUAAUAAACAUUUUAUUCUCAUCCACACACACGGGUCAUAAAAGAGCAGAUAAAGAGAGUCUGAGGUGUGAUAGGCUGAAUUCACUUUUAUCUUUUUCUUAAAUAUUCAGUUUACAACGAUAUAAGAUAAGGUAUUAUAAAUUCUCACAUUUAAGGAGCUAUAAUGAGGGAAUGGUCGACACUUCAAAUGCUUAAAAAAUUAAAUUAUCAUUUUGAUAAACUCAUUGAGUUUGUUGCAGACCUUUUUGUUUUAAUUGUCAGAAAAUAUAGAAUAAUAUUUUCAGCUGAGUGACAUUUUAAAGCUGCUUUCAGUCCAAAACCUGAAUAUAUUUAAUUUACUACAACAAACUAAGAAGAGAUUCAGAAUAUUGUGACUUUGCUUGAAAAAUGAAGAUUAAGAGAUUAUCCAAUUUGUUGCUGUUCAAUUUUCUGUCGAUCCACUUUUCGAUGAGAAAUUAUUGAUUGGAAACACUUUGACAGACUUUUGUUAUUUCUGGUUUGUUUACAAAAUUAUCCCAAAACAUAAAUAUGAAAAUAUGUAUAAAAGUGUUUGGAUUUUAUUUAACUAAUUAUCUUUAAACAUUUUA